CCCUAACAAACCCCAAGUCUAUACUUUGUUUUGUACUUGUGUUGCAUUUGGAGCAAAAGUGCAAAAAGAGAAAAUGGUGGGUCAUGAAGAACAUGGAGGAGAAGAGCUCUCCCUGCUUCAUCCCGACCCUCUUGUUUUGGAGCUCAAUCGUUUGCAGAACCAACUCAAAGAAAAGGAUCGGGAAUUAGGAUCUGCUCAGGCUGAUAUCAAGGCUUUAAAAGCAACAGAAGUGCUAAAGGAUAAGGCAAUAGUAGAGCUACAAAGUGAAGUCAAUAAGCUGGAUGAGAAGCUUACGGUCACAGAGAAUCUUCUUGAACAAAAGAAUCUGGAAAUCAAGAAACUGACAAAUGAGAAGAAAGAUGCAUUGGCUGCACAAUAUGCAGCAGAAGCAACACUUAGAAGGGUGCAUGCGAAUCAAAAGGAUGAUGAUGGCCUUCCUCUUGAGUCUGUCAUUGCCCCUCUUGAGGCUGAGAUUAAAAUGUAUAAAAAUGAGGUUGCAGCACUCCAAGAGGAUAAGAAGGCAUUGGAACGUCUAACUAAAUCAAAAGAAUCAGCACUGCUUGAAGCAGAGAAGAUUCUGAAAAGUGCCCUAGAAAGAGUUUUGAUAGUUGAGGAUAUUCAGAACCAGAACUUUGAGUUGAGGAGACAGAUUGAGAUUUGUCAGGAGGAGAACAAGAUUCUUGAGAAAACGAAUCGCCAAAAGGUUUUACAGGUUGAAAAACUUAGUCUGACCAUCAAGGAACUUGAGGAGGCCAUUUUGGCUGGUGGGGUUGCAGCAAAUGCUAUUCGUGACUAUCGGCGACAAAUUUCUGAACUUAAUGAGGAGAAGAGGACCCUGGAGAGGGAAUUGGCAAGAGUUAAAGUUUCAGCAAACAGAGUCGCAUCAGUGGUUGCUAAUGAGUGGAAGGAUGAAAAUGACAAAGUUAUGCCUGUCAAACAAUGGCUUGAGGAAAGAAGGCUACUGCAGGCUGAGAUGCAAAGGCUGAAAGACAAACUAGCUAUUUCAGAGAGAACGGCUAAGGCAGAAGCACAAUUAAAGGAAAAAUUUAUGCUGAGGCUCAAAACAUUGGAAGAGGGCUUAAAACAAGUAUACAGUAUCUCAAGUAAUCCUAAUCAAGGAGAUUUUGGUUCCCCAAAACCAGACAAGUCCAGCAACAUCUUAGGUUUCCUAACAAGCAAUGGUCGACUAAGGAAGAGGUCUACUUCACAGCCAAGGGCUUCCACAGUUGGUAGAAGCUCUUCACAGCCGCCUAGUUUACCAGCUAAUCUUAUCAAUGAUAUAAAAUCAGCUAAUAACUUGAAAAAGAGUUAUGUAUCUGGAGAAAAUUUGCUGAGAAAAGGAUUGUGGGCAUCUAGGAGUAAAGUUGUUGACAGCAGUGAGAAGGAAAAUGAAGAAAUGGAGGUAAACAUUAAUGCCAACCUUAGCAAAGAUGGUGAUCCAGCAGAUUUGACAGAAACCAAAAGCCGAGGAGGUGGUAAUGAAAAUUCAGAAAAUCAGGUAAAUGUCACUGCUGGUACACAAGAUAUGGUCUCGGGGUUUUUGUAUGAUAGACUUCAAAAAGAGGUUCUCAAUUUAAGGAAGUCUUGUGAAGCAAAAGACAAUAACUUGAAUACAAAAGAUCAAGAAAUCAAGAUGCUCAUGAAGAAGGUUGAGGCACUGACAAGGGCCAUGGAAGUAGAGUCCAGAAAAAUGAAGAGGGAAGCUGCAGCUAGAGAAAAGGAAGCAGGAUCAACCAGAAUUGAAGAUACCAUAAAGACAAAAGGCACUAACUCCUUUAAAAGAAUAACAAAAUUGUCUUGAAGAGAUUUCUAGAUGUUGGUACCUGGUGUGGAAGUUGAAGAAGAAAUGGAAUUCAUUUGAUUUUUCAAUGUAUAUACGGACUGUUUUUUCUCAUUGGGUAGCUAGUUAAAUAAGGUUUCUGAUUUUCUGAUUGUGAUUUGGGGUCCCUCACUACCUUGUAACAUCUCCAUGUUAAUGCUCCUUUAUUUUCUGCUUGUGAAGACCUGUAUUCAAUCAGAUCCAAUAUAUAUUGUGGUUUUUU